CGCUCUGACGCACCGGGUUACGGAGGAGGCAGGUUGGCUGCUUUUCCGGGAAGGCUUCCCCGCCGCUUGCCUAGCGAAGCCGAGCGAUGGGCAGAAGCCCAACCGGUGAGGCAGGUCCGGCCCCGCACGCCCGGUUGCAGCUCAAAAUGCUUGUACGAGAGCGGAGGAAAUGGGUGAGAUGAGAUGCCCGACCUCAGGGCUCGUUCCCGUGGCGAGACGUUUCGUCCUUCGAAGAAGAUCACGAUCUUGUGACUUCGUUCAUUGCAUUACUUCUUAGUACCUCUGCUUUCUCGUCUAGGAAUUGCUGGAGCGAAUUAAGAAGCUGAAUAUCCAACACGACUUCUGCUUGAGUGCAGGAAGUUCUUGCAACUGAUUGGAAGCUGCACCUUGGUUGUCAAAUGUUUCAGAAGCCGAAUGAGAUUCUGGACCAGAUUACGUUCGACAACCGAAAUUUGACUAAGCAUUUUAUUAAAAUCAGACUUGGGGAGCCUGUGGCCUUCUAGAUGGUCUUAGGUUCCAGUUCCCAUCAGCCCCAGCCAACAUGGCGGAUGGCUUGGAGUGAGGAGAGCUGUGGGCCGCAGGAUCCCCACCCCUGCUUUAAAGGACAAGAAGAUUGUGAUCUGGGAAGCAACUUGACAAUGGGGUUGAAGUUCCAGCAAGGGUCUCCAUGGCAACCAGACCAGAGGAUUCCAAGGCAGGCCAGUGUGGCAAAAGCAGCUCCUUGCUGCUUACCCUAGGCCAAUGGAAAAUGGAGGAGCAAAGCAGCAACAUCUAAGAGGGGACAAAAAAAGAGGGAAUUCAAGAUGGGGAACAUGAUGAAAUUGUUGACUUCCAGUUCUGAGACUCCACAAAAUGACAAUGCAGAGAUCAGAAUGCCAAUAGAUGAGGAAAUGUUAUCAAUUCCAAUCAGUAACAAUGUUUAUGCAAUUCUUAAGAGGAGAGAGAACUACCUAUGUAGUCUGCUCGAAAAGAAGUUUGGCUGCAUAACUGUCCUAAAGAGCAUAAGGAAUCCCACUGAAGUGUACAGGAAAAGCCUGAAGGAAGGAAUUGAAGUUUCUGUCUGGGUAGAUGAUCUUACAAGACACGAGGCCGAUGCUUUGGUGAAUGCAGCCAACGAAUACCUGCAUCACUUUGGAGGCCUUGCAUUUGCCCUCCUGAAAGCUGGAGGGCCAGAAAUUGAAGAGCAUUGCAAGCAUUUCAUUGAAAAGAACGGGCCGCUCAGCGCUGGCCAAAUUGCAGUCACUAGUGGAGGAAGACUCCAUUGUAAGCAAGUCAUCCAUGCAGUGGGCCCAAGAUGGUCAGAGGAGCAGAGGGAGGAAUGUUGCCUCAAGCUGGAAGCAGCCAUCAUCAAUAUUCUGAAAUAUGUCAAUGCUCCAGAAAACAAUAUCAAGUCCGUGGCCAUUCCUGCCCUGAGCUCUGGAAUCUUCAACUUCCCGCAGGAUUUAUGUGCUCAAGUAAUCGUACGGACUAUAAAGAAUUUUAUUCAGUUAGCUCCAUUAUUUGGUUACUUGCAAGAAAUCCACCUCGUGAACAUUGAUGAGACCACAGCUGAAGUCAUGAAAAGGGCGUGUGAAGAGUUGCUAGGCACCAACGAUGUCAUGCCUCUGGCGGGAGCGGCAGACGCCAUCACAGUCAAUGAUCUCUGUCUCCAGAUAAAAAAAGGGAACAUAGAAGCGCAGCAAGCUGCCAUUAUUAUUAGCUCUGUGACUGUGCAAGAUGAUCUAUCUCAAGGAACCAUCUCAAGAGCAAUCCUCGAAAAGGCAGGUCCAGCUAUCCAGGAGCAAUUUCUCUCUGAGUUACAGAGACAUCCAGCAGAUAACCUUAAACUCAUAGUUACAAAAGGGUGCAAUAUUGACUGCGAGUUUGUGCUCCAUGUAGUAUGGCCAUCUUACAGUGAAUGCAACGCACAGGAGGCACUAAAAGCUGCAGUUUCUAAAAGUCUUCUCAAGGCUCAAGAACAGCAGUCCUCAUCAGUUUGUUUUCCUGUCCUUGGGAUUGAAGAUUUACACAUGCCAAAGGAUGAAGUGGUAGAGAUUAUGGUGGAGGAAAUAAUACACUUUGCGGAGGAAUAUCCUGGGAAGAAGCCAGAUGUAUUCAUUGUGGUUCCUCCAGAUGACAGUGAUGUUUAUGAGGCUUUCUUCACCAAGCUUAUGUCAGUCAAAAACAAACUGGAAGAAAAGAUGGACUGCAGCAAUAUGGAUAGCAUGGAGGUACAGACUGACAUACAAGCCGAUGGAGGUUGUGAAAAAAACGGACCAUUUGUGGAACUUAUUGGACGCAGCCAGGAAACGCUGGAGGAAGCAGGACUGUGGCUCCAAAACAUCAUACAAGUUGAGGAAACUCACCGGAUCGUUAUUCAAAAUUAUAACCUCCUCAACCUUGGCAGUGGUCAGCCAGUUGAGCUGUCUCAUCUCCAGCAGCACUUUGGCAUAACCAUAGUGGAGAGUUUGACCGGGGAGGGUGCAGCCCUCGAGAUUGAAGGUUCCCCCCGAGCCGUGAUUGAUGCAACAUUUGCUAUUGAAUUCAUGCUGCAGACUACAGCCAAGCAAGAAAUGAAGACAGGCGGACCUUUGAGAAACUCUCCUCAUCAAGAAGGCCACACAGAAAUAGCGAGUAAAUACUGUUACCAAGUCACUCCGAUAGAGUCAUAUCUUCAAGAAUUCAAGUACAAGGAGAAACAGCUUGAAAAAGCGGGCCUCCGGGUUCUGAAGAUAGAGAAAAUAUGCAAUCCUCUCUUAGAAUCUACCUUCCAAAGGAUUAAAAUAAAAAUUGAAGGAAAAAAUGCUGGGAUGCCAGUAUGCCAUAGGCUAUACCAUCGUGUCCCAGCUCAGUACUGUAGUCUGGUGUGCAAAACGGGAUUUCAGAAAACCUACCCCUCCUCCUUACAAGACCAGAAAUACGGAGCUGGCAUCUACUUUAACAAGAACCCCAGGAACCUUGUAACAGAUACCAGGGAAAAAUGUGAAAUGGACCACUUGAUCUGUGUGUUUGAGGCUGAAGUUGUAACAGGCUCGUAUACAAGGGGCAAUCAAAGCUAUGUUGCACCACCAUUAAUUAGUGCAAGUAGUAUGAAACUCUAUGACAGUGUUGUUGAUGAUAUUCACAACCCUGAAAUCUUCGUCAUUUUCAAUAGGGAGCAAGCUCUCCCGCUAUAUUUGUUGACUUGUUCCCUGCUUUGGAAUCCAGUGCAGAAGACCCAGUUGGAACCAUCAGCUCAGAAUCUAUGAGGCCUUAAAAGUUCAACAAAUGAUAGGUACUAGGUUCUAUGAGUUAGGCUUAAGUAAUUUAUGUAUAUGGCAGUUCUCCAAUGCAGUGAAAAACCUUGCCUCGUUAACAAUCUUGAAGUAUCGUUAUUGCUUAAUAAGCAAUCUCAGCAUGGGAAGCUAUAAUUUGAUUUAAAAGAGAACUGUGCAUUCACAAUACAAGUUCUUAUAUUAAAAUGCCAACUUCAAACCAUCUGCAAAUAUUUGGCUUUUUUCUGUACAAGAAUAUAAUAGCAAGUGCUUCAUGCAGUUCAGGAUCAGCUUUUGUCUAAGUGCCAGAGAUGCUGCUUUUAUAAAUUUAAAACUUCAGAAAUUUCCAAGCAACUUUGUAUUUCUAGAAUGUCUUUGAUGAUUUAUUGAAUUAAGUGCUAUUAAAUCAGUUGGUUUAAAAUCCACAAUAGAUACCAUGUUUUUAUCAGCUGUACCACUAAUUGUCAAUGUAACAUUCAGAUCCUUCUGUAUGCCAUUGCAUACAUGCUUUGGAUAUGGAGUGAAUACUACCUGCAACUACAUUGGAAUAUAUGACCCAAAUUCUUAGGAUUAAAGGGGGGUAAAUAUUAUGAAUGACCUUUUAAUAGGUUAUGAUCCUUAAACAUUACUUUUGUUGCAUUAGCUAAAGGAGGCAAUAACUGGUGUGUGACAUAUUAAAAAUAGUAGAUUCAUUUGAAAUAAUGCCAUCUUUUGAGGUUUUCCAGUUUCCAUCUUUUAGUAGAUUCUUGAACAACUGGUCAAUAGCAUGUAUCAUAUGGUCUCUUAACAG